GAGAUUGCCUUUCUCACCAGUUGACACCCACCCACUCUCUCUGUUCCUCCUGCUUCGCCUCCGCCCGCCUCCGAGUUCGAUGGCGGAGUCCUAAUCCGGCGACUCCCCCUGCACGGCCGCCUCCGCUGCUUCCCCGAGCCCAAAAGCGAGCGCCACCGCUGCUGGGCCGGGAGAGCUAGGGUUUUGGUUUUAAUUUGGGGUCGCGCGCGCGAUGGGGUACGUCCUCCUCUUGCCGUCGCCGCCGCUGGUGGCCUUCCGGCGGCAUCCGUCCUCCGCCGCAUCCGGACGCCACCGCGCCCGGAGAGGCGCGUCCAUCAUCGCGUCGUCGUCCGAUGGCGGGCCGUCCCCGGCUCAGGCGCCGGGGUAUGUGCUGGCGCGCCGGGCCGUGCUCCUCGGCGUCUCGGCGCUCCCGCUCCUCCGCGACACCGCGGCCAAGGCGGCCGCGCCCAGCAACGGGGGCCUCUUGACUGUUUAUGGCAUGUUGUUACCCCAAGGUUUUAUUAGAAGAAAGGGUUUCCUUGCCCCGAGGAUAGAUCGUCAAGCUCAGAAUUGCUACAAAACUUUCAAGAUUGGACGUAAUAAAGUCAUCUGUAGACCUAACGAGGCCAUGCUUGAUGAGACAAAGGAGGUCUCAAAGGUUGAUGAACCUCAGCCUGGAGGAACACAGGCAGAAACUCCUCUACUUGAAGCUCCUCAAUCUGAAUCACCCACACCUGUGGUGGUGCAAGAACAACCUCAAGGGAAUCCACUUGCUGGCCUUCUGAAUGCAAUUGCAGUUGUUGCCUCGGGUGUUCUUGCUGCAUUGUAUGGUACUUCUCGACAGGAAAAGAAGGCCCUGCAGUCGGUCGUCUCAUCUAUGGAGACCAAAUUGGCUGAAAACGAAGCAGCAAUCUCAUUGAUGAGGGAAAAUUAUGAGAAAAGAUUAGUAGAGCAGCAAGCAGCACGGAAAAAGCAAUCGGUGAAGUUCCAGGAGCAGGAAGCUUCUCUUUUAGAUCAAUUAGCUUCAUCAAAAAAGACUGUAACAUCGUUAAGCGAAGAAUUCAGAAGGGAGAAGACAAGGGCUGAGGAGCUUAAGAAUGAAAUACAGCGAUUAGAGAGUAGUAUUGCACAAGCUGGGGAUAACAACGAUGUGCUUGAAGCCAAAUUGACAGAGAAGUUGAAUGAAAUCGAUGUUUUGCAGGAAAAAUUAAGUCUUCUCAACCAACAAGCUGAUAAUAAGGAGAAACGCAUCAAGGAACUCAGCUCAUCACUUUCUUCGAAGGAAGUGGAUUACCAGAACCUGUGCUCUUUCUCUGAUCAAACUAAAGAGAGCCUUGAGCUUGCAAAUGUUAAAAUACAACAACUGGAGGAUGAGAUUCAUACAACUAAAAAUGAUCUUGCUUCUAAGGCAUCUUUAAUUGAUUCACUGAAUGAGAAACUUGAAAUAUUAAACUCUGCAAAGAAUGAAGCUGAGGAAAGAAUAAAUGAGUUAAUAAAAGAGUACGCAGACUUGAAGGCUUCUUCUGAGACAAGAGCAAGUCACGAUUCUGAACUACUAUCUGAGAAAGAGGAUCUACUCAAACACUUGGAAGAAAAGCUCUCUGUUGCAUUAAGCGACUCUAGCAAAGACCAUGAAAUCAUUGUUGGGUUGAACAAGGAAUUGGCUGCCACCAAAGCAAUGCUAGAGGGUGAAGUUGUGACAGUGAAUAGUUUAAGAGAUUCACUUCAAUCCACUGAAGAGACCUUAAGGGAUUCCAGAACGGAGGUUUCCAAACUUUCUGAGGAACUUGAUGAAGCAAGAAGACUGAAUCAAGACCUAGAAUUGCAGAUUUCAAAACUCCAAGAGGAGUUCAAUGAAAUGCAAGAAGGUUUGACUUACAAGAUUGGAGAGGUAGAAUCAGUAUCUAGAGCUCUUUCAGAUGAACUGGUCUCAGUUAAAGAGAUGGUUCAAAAGGGACAUGAAGAACUUGAAGCUACUUCUAGUCAGCUUGCAUCUGUUGUGGAAGCUCGUGACAACCUGAAGAAAGAAUUGCUGGACGUGUACAAGAAGUUUGAGUCCACCACGCAGGAGCUUGUUGAGGAAAGAAGAACUGUGACUACUUUAAACAGGGAGCUUGAAGCUUUGGCCAAACAAUUGCAGGUAGAUUCUCAAGCACGAAGAGCUCUUGAAGCAGACCUGGAUGAGGCAACCAGAUCACUAGACGAGAUGAACACGAGCGCAUUGUCACUGUCUAAGGCGCUAGAGAGCACUCAUUCUAAGAAUUCCACUCUUGAGGCAGAGAAAGAAGUGCUAUCUAAAGCUCUCGAUGAAGAAAAGAAGAAGACGAUCCAGGCGCAAGAAAAUAGUGACGAUGCUCAGAAUCUUAUCUCAAGGCUUCAGACGGAAAGGGAGAGCUUUGAAAUGAGGUCUAGACACCUUGAAGAGGAAUUGGCGCUAGCGAAGGGUGAGAUGUUGCGCCUAAGGCGGCAGAUUAGUGCAAGCAGAUCCCAGAACACAAAAAUUCUCCCCAGAACAAGUGCAGCCACAGAGACGAGCUCUGUUCCCAGAACAAGUGCACCAACAGAGACCAGUCAGGUUGCAAACGAGCAGCCUGUGAAUGAUCGUAAUCAGAAAACCAGCGAAGUUGCUAGUGGGGCUCCCUAUACUGUAAAAAGAACCACUAGGAGAAGAAAAGGUGGUGCAUCAACAUGAAUCUGCUUGGAGAUCCUAUAGAGAAGAACCAUAUUCCUUUCAUUUUGUUAGUCAUCAGUUAUAACUUAAUUUUUGAUACUACCAUUGUUUGCAAGGUAGCUACGUAACCAUUUCUAUUAUUUCAUUUGCUUCUUUGUAACAUUCCAGACUUCCAGUUCCUUUCUUGUAAUUCCCGUGUCAUGAGUUUUGGAAAAUUGAGGGUUUAGAUGUGUACAGAUGUAUUUUUGAACGGUCAACGUGGCGGUGAAUUCUCCUAUUCGUGGUUAUGUUGAAUUGUUCACAUAUAUAUCAUUUGAUCAUUUUAUCUA